AAAGUGGGCGGGGUCAACUUUGACAGACAGACACCUUGUCCUAUAGCUGUAAAGCAUCCGAUCAUUCAUCCCGCCUUUUCCUGUUCUUCCACUAACACCUUUAUUAUGAACUGUAGCCGGCGGUCCAUAGUCCUGAAAAUCCGACUCCUACACUGAAGUGACACGGUGAAGAUGACGGCAGCUCAAAUAGACCGAGUCAUGGCAAUAAGCGAAUGGGAGGAUAGAUGGCAGGAAGGAAGGAUUGGUUUCCACCAACCUCACGUUCACCAUAUGUUAAAGGCUAAUCUGGAUAAAGUCUUGUGUGGAAGAAAGCAGGUUCGGUUUUUCUUCCCUCUCUGUGGUAAGGCCGUAGACAUGAAAUGGCUGGCUGACAUGGGUCACGUGAUUGUUGGGGUUGAGAUUUCUGAGAAAGCGAUAAAGCAGUUUUUUGAAGAACACAGCCUUGAGUACAAAGAAGAGCCAGUUCCGGCUAUACCUGAAGCAAAGGUGUUCAAGAGUCCUGAUGGAAGGAUUUCACUCUAUCAGUGCGAUUUAUACAAGUUCUCCAGUGCCAUAGAGGGAGAGUUUGGAGGGAUUUGGGACAGGGGUUCCCUGGUGGCCAUAAACCCAUGUGACAGGCAAAAGUAUGCCUCACUCAUCAUGUCCUUGAUGGACAAAGAGUGCAGGUAUUUAUUGGACACACUGGAGUACAACCCUGAACUGUACAAAGGACCACCAUUUUUUGUGCCUGAAGAAGCUGUGAAAAGUUUAUAUGGUGAUUCUUUUAACAUUGAGCUGGUGCAGAGUAGAGAUGCCUUUGGAGAAAAAUAUAAAGCAUGGGGAAUAGACUCACUUCUAGAGAAGGUGUACCUGCUGACUCCAAAAGCCAACUAACAGACAUUCAGGAAUCAUUUUUAACAAGUGAAAAUAUCUUUUGUAUGAAUAUUUUGUACAUUUAGAAAAAAGAGGGGUGUCGAAAGUUUCCAGAAUUCAAAUGUUUUUAGUCUUUGUCUGCUGAGUGUGUGGUACAGUAGCUUAUAUGUGUUGUUUUUGUCUAAGGUCGUACACGUGAAUUUGGCUUUUCACGUGAAGGGGUGUGUAGGUGGAUUGUCGCGGUGCAGGAUGCGGUUCUGGGUGCAGCUCUUCUCUGCGCUGUUAAUGUCAAAAAAACGUGAUCUCCUUUGUCUUUGUCUUGAUGUGCGAUUUGACCUCGAGUGAUUUCGUUGUCUUGGAGACGCUUCAGGACGCGAAGGUCUUGAAAAGAUUGCUCUAGCAUAGUUACCGCUUCUUUGUUCUUCUGCCACGCGCACUGAGCAACAAAAAGAAAAAGGCCAAAGUCACGCGCACAACCUUAGGGAAAAAAACGACAAACCCUCAAAGAAUCAGGCAGUGGACAUGACUCUGUCUCAAUACAGCGUUUUAUUCAUUUGAAAGACUAAUUAAAUAUAAAUAUGUGAAUCAUCAUGGCAGAAUUACACAUCUAACAACUAGCCUCAAAAAGCCUUAAAUGGAUAAGACCUUUAAUGUCAAAAUCAUUAAUGCAUAUUUUUAAAAAGGUGACACUACCUCAUGAUCACAGUGCUGUGGUUAAAAAAUGAAUCUCAUUAGCAGAAUGAGCCUCAUUAGAGAGCAACAGACACCUGAAAUGAUUACAGCGAAACCACUGGAUGAUUCCUUAAUUAAUCUAUUAGACCUAACUCAUUAAUAUAGCUUGCAUCAAAAGGAAGCAUUAAUAGGUUUACAGGCACAACGCCUGGUCCUGAUGAAGAAUGGGUUUUUAAUCUUUAAGGAAAAUCACAGGAACCUUUUAAACCACAUCACAUGCGCCAAUAUAUAAUAGUGGUUAUGUAUUUCCAUGGAUUGUUUGACUACCAGCUAGAUAGUGUUUGUAUUGCUGUGUUUCAGAGAAGAUGGUAAAAAAAAAAAGACAAGAUAAAAACAAGAUAAAAGUUGGCUACUGUUUGUUUUGGGUUUUGUCUUGUUUUUUGAACACAAGAACAUGAAGAGACAAUAACCAUUAGAUGAUCUGGCAGGAAAUCUAAUAUAGUAGGCCAUAUAUAUAUAUAAAUUGCCAUGUGGUUGUGGUUGUUUACAUUCAAGCAUUUGAUCUACAUCUGUGAAAAGUUAUUUUAAAUAAAUCAUAUAUGAAUAAAUGACUACA